AUGCAAGGAUGCCUUCCUAUUCACGCCCUUCGUCGCCUUGGUCAUAAACGACUCAUCGACUAUCUGCCCAAACAUUCGCAGAGGCUAUAUAGCUUUCAGAGUCAUGAGCGUGUUAGUGUGCGAUGUGGCUCAUCUGGCCAUGUGAGCAUUGAUCUCAUAGACAUUGCUGAACAGCCAAACUCUCCCCUCUUCAUUUACCUACCCUCCUCUCCUUUUAACAACAGCCAACCAGCUUCAAUACCCAGAUUCCUUCAGGGCAAGCCGCUGGCCACCAUCAACUACAGAUGGAACUUCUUUGAUCGUGAUAACCUUGAUCAUAUCUGGCCAACGCCUAUCCACGACACCUCCUUCGCCUACAAGUGGCUAGUAGAGAAUCUCGCACCAGAAGGCAUCAAAAGGCGCGACAUCUACGUCUAUGGAUCUCACCUAGGAGCAAGCCUCGCCACGUCUCUAGCACUUACGGAAUCACAACCCCACAAGCCCUUUGGAGUGCGAGGCCUGGUGUCAUACAACGGCAUCUACAACUGGACCAUGUUCUUUCCCGACCAUCCAGUGAACACCCCCAGAGAAUUCGUCGGAAAUCCAAAAGCCCAUUACAAGCCUCCGGAGGGGGCGUACAUACACCACCUCCAACAAAUGUUGCCGACGCUCUUCAAGUCUACGGCAGAUACGUUUGACGUGUUUGCCAGCCCAUCCCUCUUUUUCCACAACCCAGGAAUAAAUGUACCUAUGUCUUACCACCUGACAGAAGCCGAGAGUCUCGCCAUCGAAAUAAUGACCAACCCAGAAGGCGAGGUAGACCCUCCCCUCCAAGCACCUCGUAGAUCGAGUCUGGUUUUCCCACCCCGCAAGUCAACCCUCAAGCUCCCCGAGACACUGCUGCUGUACGACCUGCUUCCCGUGUCGCCGCGAACCAACAAGCCCAGGUUUCAAUGGGGCAACAGCCUCGAGAAGCAGGCAAAGGAGCUGGCGGAGAUGAUGCAGUCCAGUAUCUACAAGGUCGAGCUCCCAGAGAGGGGUUUGUGGGAUGAUGAUAUUGCUUUUUGGGAGAAUGAGCAAGCUAAAAGGGUCAAUGUCGAACGAGCUGGAUCAGAGAGUCCGAUGAUGGAGAUGGGGGAGAAUGGGGAGCAGCUUGUUGAAGAAUGGUUGACGGAGAGAAUAGCACCAAAGAAUACUCAGGUAUCUUGA